AUGAGAAAAAUGAUGAAUAUUUAUUUUCUUUUGCAAAUUCAAAAUAAUAAAGAUAAUAUUAUUCCAGGUGGCACAAAUCUUUUAAGCUUACCUAUAUCAACAACUACAAGUUCUAUACGUAGUGAAUAUGGAUUAUAUAUUAAUGAUCAUGCUGGAAAACAAUUUAUUACAGCAAUUGCACGUAUUGUUGAAGAGGCUACACUUGAUGAAUUGCGAUUUAUGCAUCAAGAAAACAUUUCUCCUAAUAAUCUUCCUUUAUUUAUACGUGAAUUUGCUAUAAAUACUGUAGCAAAUAUUAAGCUUCGCUUUUCAGAUCAUGCAAUUAUAAAUUUAUUUAAAAUUUUUGAUCCAAAACAAUUACCUACUGAUCGUUAUUUAAUUUCAGUUUAUGGAAAUUAUGAAAUUGCUGAAAUUGGAAAGUUUUAUAGAACUUCUAAGAAAACUACAGGUAGUAAAAAUUUUUAUUAA